UGUUGUUACAUUGCCAGUGCUGUCCAAUGUGCGGUUUUGUGAUAAAAACACACAAAAACUAAUUUACAUUGAAGAAGCGUUAUAAAAAGAUUAGUGCGCAUUUCGCAACGUCACAACCACGGCAAUCAACAUUUUGUCUCGUUUGCAUCGCCCCAUCGAGCGUACACUGUUGAAAUUGUGUCGUCGAACCAACAGCACAACAACAAUGCACAGCUGUACGCUCCUACAGGAUGAGGCGAACUAUCAACCGGAUACGCUGGAUCUCAACACAGAUGCCAAGGCGGCUGCAUAUUGGUUCCCCUGUUUUCGUGAGCUCAUUGUGAAGUUUGCCAAACAAGCGGCCAAUAGCCAACCCGACGAUGCCACCUCCGAGCAGCGAGCAACGCAAUUUCAGGCCGCAUAUCUUAGCCAAUUGGAUGAGUAUCAGCGCAACAUUGCCAGCAACAGCGGCAAAGUAGUUCUGGGCACCAGUGAACUGCUGCAACUUAACGAGACUAUGCUGCGUCGUUUUGGCUUUACCGAUCCCUGGCUUGCGCAAAAACAACUAGAGAAUACAUCCGCCAAGGCGCGUCUCAAGCAGCGAUUGCAGGAGAUCGAUGCCAUCGAACGCGAGGACGAGCGAUGGACAGAGCUUGUGCGUGGAGUGCUAGCGGGCAACAUGUUUGACUGGGGUGCCCAGGCCAUAGCUAACAUUCUUGAGCAGGAUAGUAAUUUUGGGCUGCAUGCGGCGUUGGAUCGGAUCGAGCAACGUCCCUGGUUGCUGGACAAUCUGGAUGCGUGGUUGCAACGCGUACAGGGACAGCAACAGUUGCCACACAAAUGCGCUGUGGUCUUUGUGGACAACAGUGGCGUUGAUGUGGUGCUUGGAAUACUGCCCUUUGUCCGUGAGCUGCUCAAGCGCGGCACCAAGGUGCUGCUGUGUGCCAACAGUGAACCUUCGCUCAACGAUGUGACCAGUCGGGAGUUGCGACAGCUGCUCGACGAUUGCGCCUGCCAGUGCAGCAUUUUGGACAGCGCGUGGCGUUCGGGUCGCCUGCUUGUCUAUGCGAAUGGACAAAGCGGACCGUGUCUGGACAUGAGACGUCUGCCGCGGGAGCUGUGCGAUGCCAUAGCGGCAAAUGAGACUGAUCUUCUGGUUAUUGAGGGCAUGGGCAGGGCACUGCACACCAAUCUGAAUGCGCACUUCAAGUGCGAGACCUUAAAGCUGGCCGUGAUUAAGAAUCGUUGGCUGGCCAAAUAUCUGGGUGGCGAUAAUAUGUUUGCCGUCAUCUGCAAGUACGAGCACAGCUAGUGGAGGAAGAGCAGAUGGAAGAGGAGGAGGAGGAGGAGGCCAAGGAGCAGGAGGAUCAUUGAUUGUUAUGCUAUAUAUUGCAGUGUUUUGAAAUUAUUGUUAUUGUUGAAUCCAACAAAGAAAGAAAAGGAGAUUGAGUUCAAGAUUCGGUUGCAGAUUUCUGUGUCAGGUUUUUGUGUGUGUGUCUAACUAACUAACUAACAAAUUGAUGCAUAUAAUCCGAACUGUAAUUAAAAAGAAAAUGUAUUU